UCGAUUGUGUAGCAGGUGCUGAAAAAACACAAUAAAAGUAUCGACCACGGAAUGACAAAUAACUCAAACGGACGAUUAAGCGAAUAUUUCGCCAACGAUCCGCCCAGCUUUUUUGAUGAGCUGACAAACAAUAAAUCGAAGCCCAAGGAUAUGCAGCCAGCAAACUCCGCUGAACCAACUAACAGCAACAAUAUGCUGGGCAGCACAUUUACGGGCAGCUUUCAGCCUCCUGAAUACGUAGAAACAGCUGAAGCCGAAGAGCCUAUAAAAGUGAGCGAUGAGGUGAGAAACCUGUGGCAGCUGCCCACACAAAAUGAGGCGGGCAAACAGGCAGCACAUCUGAUUAUGCCAGGCAUACACAUAGCUAACGAUUUGCCCGAUCCGAUUUGUAUAGCCGUAACUCAACAUUUAGGAGAAGCUGAAUUGCAGCAACGUAAAAUUCUCGCAGUUGAAGAUGUGACGCAAGAUGAGCGGGGAAUACGUACAUUAAUUAAUGCUGGCUGCUUUCGUGCGGCAGUUAAUCUAACAGGUAGACUGCUCACCAUCUAUGGCCAGGGCUAUGGUCGUGCUGGUCAGCCAGCAAAACAUUCGCCGCAUUCGCUUCAAUUGUGGUUUACGCGCCUCGCAUUGCUGGCCAAGCUGGGGGAAUACGAGCUACUGCAGGCAGAGGCUGAACCAUUCGGUCAACUGAAUGGACCCGAUGUCUUUUACGAGCAUUAUCCAGAGAUGUACAUGGGUAAACAUGGCUCCAUUGCAUGCUUCUCGUUCCGCCUGCUCUUGGCCGAGCUGCCCAUUUAUCUAGGCAAACCUCAUCUAGCGCUUGAUCGUCUGUCUGAGCUGCAUGUCAUAAGCAAUGAAAUCAAGGAGCAUUACGACAGAUUAAAGAACAUAAAUGCAGCAGAAUUUUGGCAGCGAAGAGCCGAACGCGUACUGCAAUCAAUUAUUAAUUGCGCUCUAAUGAUGAAGAAAUUUAGUAUGAUUGAUGACAUUAUGGGUGGAAUGCUGUUAACACGCUCUACGCUUAGUAAAGAGGAGCAACGCGCUUUAUAUUCAGCUUGGGGCCGCAUUUAUCUACAAAUCGGCGAUAUUUUUGGGGCGGAGCAAAAAUUUGCUGUCUCUCGACGGCUACGUGAGAUUAAUAUGUCGCCGGAUCUGCGAGAUCUGGUCGACAAGGGUCUCAUAGCUGUGGCCAAAAAUGACUUUCCCGAGGCUUAUCUAAUAUUUCAAAAGGCGCUACACUUGGACUCCGGCAAUACGAUGAUAUUAAACAAUAUGGGCGUAUGCUUGCUGUACGCUGGUAAACUGAAAGACGCAAUUAACUUGUAUGAACGUGCAAUCAAUUUAAAUCCACAAAAGUCAUUGAAUGAAAGUUUACUAGUGAAUUUAUCAACAUUGUAUGAAUUGGAAUCCAAUAAUUCCAAGGCGAAAAAGUUGAAUUUACUCCGAUUGAUAAACAGAUAUAAGCCGGAUCUCAAUAUAAGUGUAGAAAUUUGCCUUAAAUUGCAGGCAACAAAUUAGUUUCAAAUAUAUGUAUAUGUAAAUACUGUUGGUAAACAUUCCACAACUCCAUCCAGAAUGAAUAAAAUUCAACCUGAUAAUGUACAGUA